CUGGCGGCGUCUUCGACGGCGUCAGUGUCGACAGCGACGGCGUCCGAGGGUCGGGUGCUCACGGAAGUAGUGCCCAGACUGUGUUAUUUGCUGCAACGGGUUCUGGUGCGAGUGGGACGCGAGGCCCAACGUCUGGCCAAGCCACUUGGGAUGUGUUCCAAGCAGGAAAUUGCCGCUGCGUUGCGCGUCGUUCUGUCCUCAUCUCUGGCCGACUCGUGCGUCAAGGCGUGUCUGAGAGCUGCAGCCAUGUAUGCAGUGUCUGGAGACCAGUUGAAGCAGAGCAAGUCUUCUAGAGCUGGUUUGCAAUUGUCCGUGGGUCGUUUCCACAGAUGGAUGGCUGAUGUUCGUCUCGGAAGAUUCAUCCAUGAGUAUGCAGCGAUUUAUUUAGCAGCAGGAUUAGAAAAUCUGCUGGAGGAAAUCGUGUCGCAGUGUAUGCCUCAUGAUCCGGAGUCCAUGCUGACAACUGCUGUGCUAGAGGCAGCCAUUGCUGCCAAUGCUGAUUUCUGGGGACUUCUGCAGCCUUAUGCUCACCUGAGCUCUGGAAGAACGGCGGCAGGUGCGCUGGCCCUGCCUCGCUGGCCUAGUUCGUCGUCGGACAGCUGGGCCAGGACUUUGGCCAGCAUGGACGACCAUCACCAGGCCAUGAACACUGGCAGUUCCUCGGGCAGCUCGUCCUCGGGGAUCGGGUCAUCAGUGACGAGCACUGGGGGUCACGGAACGAGUCAUCAUCGGUCUGUGGAGCAGAGUCUACUGACGACCUGUGUUGGGUCACUGGACGAGCUCAAGGCUGUUUUGUGUCGCGUGGCGAAUUUUCACUUGGCACAGGCCAAAACAGGGCGAGGAGCUGCGGUCAUCUGGUCUCCGUCUGCUGUUCAUGCCUUGUUCUAUUUCAUGCGAUGCUCUCAGGUCAGUGUUUCCGGUCAAUUUCCAUCGUCUGACAAUAUUCAAUUUAUUUUUAUAAACCAACUCCCUCUGGAGCACGCGAAGCAUGCUGAAAAUAGGAUGGUGUCACAUGUGGCCUUUUGCCCACCAGUGCAGGAACUGACCUGGGAGCGGCCCUUUGCAGUUUUGCCACCUGUGGUUGAGUGGGUUCGAGUGGCCUCAGCGCAUGCUGAGUACCGAUCUUCGCAAGUUGUUGAUCAAGAUGAUGUCAUGCAAACUGCUCGUCUCUUAUUGCCUGGUGUCGAUUGCCCUGUCAGAAUGCCCGGAUUCGUGAGGAAUUCGGAAGAGAGGUCGUAUCCUUCGCGGCGAGAAGAAAAACUGGAGACUGCGGAGAAGCUGAAAAUCGAGCUGGCCUUCCGCAUGCUGUCCUCGGGUCGCACUGACCUGUUGCCACACGCUCUCCAACUCCUGCCCAACACCAAGGUCAACACCGUCAACGAAAACGGAUUCACUCCACUCAUGCUGGCGUGUCUGUACGACGACGAGUCCGUCGUGCGGUACUUGAUCGACGCCGGCGCCGACGUCAACGCCGAAACGCCGCCCAACGGCACCUACGCCGACGCCCAACACUGGACCGCCCUCACGUACACUGCACUGGUGGGCGACGUGACUGUGGCGCGAGUGCUGUUGGACCACGGCGCCGGUGUCGAAGGUGGCGCCCGAGCCAACGAAGACCGGUGCACGGAGACGCCGCUGCAAGUGGCGACGGCGUAUGGCAACACUGAGGUGGUGGCGCUGUUGUUGUCGCGUGGCGCCGACCCAUUCCUGGCCACCACCAUGAAGGACUCGCUCGCAAUUGCAGUGGCUGCUUCGCAUGGCCAGCGAAUGGCGUUGCACAAAUUGCUUUCACAUCCUCUCAACAGAAGCGUGAAGAAGGAAAUGUUGUCACUGGAAGAGAUUUUGGCCGAGGGCUCGAGCAAUCAGAGCACUCUGGAACGAAAAACGAGACUGCUGCACACGAUCCCGCCGACAAAGGAAGAAACGCGGUCCCCGAUGAGUGGACGCAACAGCGUGUCGGAUUGUGCCCAAGUCCUCAAAUUGACCAAAGCGCAAGUGAAGAUUUUGCAGGAGGCCAUGUAUCAUUCUGCGGAGAGCCAGUACCUCGACAUCACGCUGGAUUUGCGGAGUUUGGGGAUUCCGUGGACUUUGCACUGCUGGAUGCACACUUUGGCUGCUGCCCACGAACACAGGCUGGAGAAUAUAAUCGACCAGCUUUUGCAAGAUUUUUUGCAAGUCUGGCCGGACGAUUAUUCGCCGCAGUUUGUGGACGAAUGUUUGCCACUUUUGUUCUCCAUCUUCCGUUACAGCAAGCAGAACGAAGGGACGACGUUGUUGUUGGCUGACAUUUUCAGCUCGUGUUUUGGACGGGAAACGAUCAGAGAAGUGAAAGAUUACACCUUUGAGAAUGCGAUUGCAAGAAUCGAUCCGAAGUUCGUGAACAGCCCGGAUUUGAGCGACGUGCGAUUUCGUGUCGAAGGUCGUCUGUUUUUUGCACACAAGAUCAUUUUGGUGAACGCUUCGCCACGGUUUCGCCAAAUGCUCGGCUCCAGGUUCAGCGGGGACGUCGAAGCGCCCAUCGUGCAAAUCAAUGACAUUCGAUACGACAUUUUUGAGAUGGUGAUGCAGUAUUUGUAUCAAGGCGGUCGAGAAGAAAUCCACGUCGGACAUAAUGACGUGUUGGAGUUGAUGGCUGCUGCCAAUUUCUUUCAGUUGGACGGUCUGCUUCGAUUUUGCGAAUCUAAAUGCUCCAAGAUGGUGGACUUGGAUAACAUAGUUUCCAUGUAUAUCCAUGCGAAGGUGUACAGCGGGGUUCAUUUGUUGGAAUACUGCCAAGGAUUCCUGAUACAAAACAUGGUUGCACUUUUGACCUACGAUGAUUCAGUUCGUCGCCUGAUUUUCGGCAAGAAGCUGCACAAUCACGAUGUGUUGUCUGGCUUGUUGCUGACAUUGCAAAGCAGAGUCAGAGCAAAACGCAGCCGGGCUCAAAGUCCUGAACCCGGGACUCCUUUUUUCUGAAUUGAUACACCGCUUCAAAUGGAAAUAUUUCACCGCAUUUUCUUACUCUUCAGCCGUUUUUUUUUCAGACUUUAGUGGUUUUCAGGAUUUUUUUUGUUAAAAUUUUACUCGGGGGCUGUGAUAGUGGACGCGAGGAUCUAUGUUUUUUUGUUUGUUUUAGUUUGUGCGGAAGGUUUGGAAGGAUGUUUUAAAAUAUGAGACAAUUAAAAGUGCCAGAAAUCGUCGCGAAAAUCUUGCGCCGUUUGUUACUACCUCUGUUUGAGUGCGAUUCGUUUUGAAUGCGUGAUCCUUUUUUUUUUUGUAG